UUUUUUUUUUUUCUUGAGUUUAUUAUAAAAAAACUCUGAACCGGUUUUGCCCUGCUCUUUCUUCUUCACAAUCGUCGCUUCUUGCUCCCUCCUACUGAGACUCCGAUUGCAACCCUCCGCCAUUCCCUCCGGUCAUCCACUCCAGACACCGUCUCCGCCAUCUUCGCCGCAACGUCGCCACCGUUUCCGUCUUCGCCUCCGGCUGCUUCGCCCGUGCCGCCUUCGUCUCCGGCAUCUUCUGUAGCAAAGUCACUGUUGUGGAUUCGCCAAAAAUGGGAGAAGUGACCUUUAUGCAGGAGGAUGAUAAUCAUUUAGAGGCUACAAGGGCCAGAUUUUCAAGUGUGCUCAAAAGGCAUGGGGAACUAACUGAGCGCCUUUCAAGAGACUCUGAUAAAAUGGUUUUUGAGCGUCUACAAAAGGAAUUUGAAGCUGCACGUGCUUCCCAAACUCAAGAAGUUUGUUUGGAUACAGAACAGUGGAAUGAUGGUUUAUUGGCAACAAUAAGGGAACGGGUUCAUAUGGAGGCUGAAAGAAAAGCAAUGCAGUUGCCUCUGGAUUCAAGCAUGCUGCCAAUCUCUAUGUUUAAUGACAAAAUUACAUAUAAAGUUGGAACCAAGGUGAUAUGUUGUUUGGAAGGAGCACGCAUUGGCAUACAAUAUGAAACAUCUUUUGCUGGGGAGGCGCGUGAGCUGUAUCAUUGUGUUCUGGAAAGCAAAUCAUUUCUUGAGAAGAUGACUGUUCUCCAACACACAGUUCCUUUCUUUUUACCAAUACGUGAAGUAGAAAACGAUCUUUUAUCCUCAAAUGCAAUGAAAUUUAUAGAUCACAUUGGAGACCUAUUGCAAGCAUAUGUCGAUAGACGAGAACAGGUUCGCCUCAUAAAGGACUUGUAUGGUAACCAGAUUGGACAACUUUAUCACAGUCUUCCCUACCAUAUGAUUGAAUUCGUUGUCGAUGAUUUUGAUUGCAAGGUAACAGUGAGUCUUAGGUAUGCAGAUCUGUUGUCUAUACUUCCAACUGGUAUCAGUGUGGUGGCAUGGCCUAUGAACCAAUCAAAGAAGUCCCCAACCGGGGGCAAAAAGGGAAAUUUGCUUCAUGGAAGUAACAAGAGUCCAAUUCGAUUAUCCUAUGCAGAAGAUGCACUUCGCACCCUUAGUCUGCCAGAAGCAUAUGCGGAGAUCGUCCUAAAUCUUCCGGAAGCUCUUGAGCAAAAUGUUGAACCCAAGGAUCCUGUAUCUACCUAAUGAAACGCGUCUCAAGUUUAAAGCUGUACAAAGUUUGUCAAACUCAAACGAAUGUGGUAGUUGUGUAAAGUUGAUGUUCAUUGAUUUUUGUUUCCUUUUUAACUUCUCUUUUUAGGCCCCUGUUUUUUAUUUCACUUUAAUAUUUUUUGUAUGUUGUGCACUUUACUAUUUUUACUAAAACAGGCAACGUAUUCUAAUUACCUACACUAGUAACUGUUGUAAUGCAAUCGAUAUUAAAUACUCAAGCUUUUGAACUGGA